AGAUUCACCCGCUCCUCUGACCUGGCUCGGCACCAGCGCGUGCAUGUGGAAGAGAAGCCAUAUCAGUGCUUGGAGUGUGAGAAGAGAUUCCCUCAAUCCUCCCAUCUGGCCAAAAACCAGCUUUUCCACACAGGGGAGAAGCCGUAUCAGUGCUCAGAGUGUGGGAAGAGCUGCACGCACUCCUCCAACGUGAUCCAGCACCAGUUCAUGCACACAGGGGAGAAGCCACAUCGGUGCUCAGAGUGUGGGAAGAGCUUCACUCACCCCUCCACCCUGAUCCGGCACCAAAUGAUCCACACAGGGGAGAAGCCACAUCGGUGCUCAGAGUGUGGGAAGAGCUUCACUCACCCCUCCACCCUGAUCCGGCACCAAAUGAUCCACACAGGGGAGAAGCCACAUCGGUGCUCAGAGUGUGGGAAGAGCUUCACCCGCUCCUCCCACCUGACCCAGCAUCAGGUCAUCCAUACCCGGAAGCAUCCAUAGUUUUGGGGGCAACGCAGGAAAGACCUUGGGUAUGUCUACCUGCUCAGUGCCCACCAGUGGCUGCCUUGAGGCAAGCAGCCUCGUGGCGGUGGACUGCACCAAGAGUUCACCCAGCCUUGGCCCCUUCUAUGGACUUUCAGAGCCCACAGGAGCCAGAGGCUGGCCCCCAAGGUUUGAUGUGGGGAGGGGCUAAGAGGAAAUACCUGAGGCAGAGGCCAGUUUAGAUGCUGGAAGAACUGGUGGGGGAUCUCUUUGCAUCAGGCUCUUUGGAGCCUGUGUCUGUGCCAUCAUUCUCUAAAAGUGAUCUAUGCUUCAAGGGGGAAAGAAAUGGCUCCAAAAUAGGGUGCCUCUCCAAGACAACUGGCUCCAAAAGACACCCAGGGACUGUCCUUGGCCAGCUCCCACCUUCCUCCUCCAUCCUGGCCCCUGGGAUUCUGGUAUGUCAGGCACCAGCGUUGCAGGAAGGAGGACAUUUAUGGCUGGGGAAGCAUUUCUUGUCCUCCGCCCUGACCUCACCUCUCCUCUCCACUACAUCACCCCUCCCUAGACCUGCACAUGCCCAUCGUGGUCUGCAAGGAGCUCAGCUGCCACCUCCUGAGUCCAGCGUGGCAGGUUUUGCUUCUCAGCCCCUCUUCCGUGGGUUUUUUUAACCCUCCGGUGUUGGAGGUGCCAUGUCCUGCUGUCAACUCUGCAGGAUCACACCUUGCUGACAAAUUUGCUUAAUUUUUAUACUGUUUCGUCAAGGCAUUUUACUUGAUGGUUGGUCUAUUUAAGUCUGAAUAAAACAGGGAGGAAAAGGUUGAUUUUCAUAUCACAGCUCGUAACUGCCGGGCUCCUGUUCUUGAUUGUCUAGGUGUAAAGACUGUAUCUGUGGCCCCUGUAAUGAGUCGAUCACAGAUGAUGGGCUUUGAGUGUCCGACAGGAUACUUAGAGGUGUCACCACCAAACCUGUUUUGGGGUGCUUGUAUAUCAAUGGGGAGCUUGUACUGGUGGUGGUCUAUUUACCAAACUGCAGACAUUCAGUGAAUGGCUUGCACAUUUCUAGCACCUUAGAGGGACAUUGGAUUCCUGGUUUGAGCAAUGUGAGACUGUCGGAUACAGAACAUCCUCCCUGUAUUCAGUGUACCUUUUACAGGUUUCUUUUGAGAUGCAUAUAUAGCCUUUUGUUUUCUUUAGCUGCUAGGUCAAUUGAAAUGCAUGUACAGGAAACCCAUGCUAUUUGCGGGUUCGGCAUUCAUGGUUUCAAAUAUUCAUGAAUGCUGAACCUGCAUUUUAAAUACACUUCAUACACUUACAGGAGCUCCUCGGGAGCUCUGUGCUUGCUGCUGCUGGGCUCCCGCCCCUGCACUCCCUCCAAAACCGCCA